CGAAGUGCUGUUUCGUGAAUUGUUACGUAAAUUUGCAAACAUCCCAGAACUACAGUGUGGUAUUAACGAUGGAUUACGACGAUUUGAUAAAGAAUCUUGGUAAUUUUGGAAAGUUUCAACUUCGUCUCUACGUUAUACUAUUCUUCCCUGUUCUUUUCAAUUCGUUCAGCACCCCCAUCAUCAUAUUCUUCCUGGGAGACCAAUCGUACAGGUGUAAAAUACUGGACUGGCCAAAUGACACGUAUGCUGUUUAGAGUGACUAUCAUAAAAGGAUCAUUAACUCCUCUAUACCCACAAAACCAGAUGGCACAUACAGUGAAUGCGAAAUCUUUCGGAAUGGAACGAGAGAAAGAUGUGCAGAAUGGGUCUUCGAUCUUUCAACAUUUACUAAUACUAUUGCCUCACAGUUUAACCUGGUGUGUGAUGGAUUCAUGCUCCGCCCCCACGUGAUGAUGGUUUAUUUCAUUGGAUUCGCGGCGUCAACACUAUUCAUGUCCAUUGUUGGAGAUAUAAUUGGACGACGACUGGAAUGCUGCAUCUGCCUGACUUUCUUAUUCAUCACAAACAUCAUCAUGCCAUUCUCCACCACUGUCUACAUGUUCGCGGUACUACGUUUCUUCGACGGAUUCUUUUCAACCUCGUUUUAUCGCACUGCGUUUAUAAUGGGUAUAGGGCUAACGGUGAGUGUGACCAGUCAACAGGGAAUGCUUUCCUUAAAGGAGUUGUGAGAUUGAUCACUGUUUGUUAUCUUCACCUUUUCCUUAAUGGUACAAGUGGUGUGAGGAAACAUUCAUGGGUUUCCCUAUAACUACGUGUCAACAUGAGUGAAAAAUCGUCGACGGGACGUAAAAGAACCAACCAUCUCAAGAUAGUAUAUUUUAUAUUAUUGCCUUUACAAUAUCUUGUAUGUAUAUUUUCUCCUAUGCUUUGUGAGGACGUUCUCGGUUGAUAAGCUUCAUCAGAGAGAGCUAGAGAUAGCUCUGACUGAAAUUUUACAAUUUUGAUAGAGGAUUCUCUCCUGUUUAUUUCUAUUCAGUUUGUUUGUUUGAUGUACAAGAGGAAUAUUUUCUUAGAAAUAAUGCAAUUAAAUCAUGUAGGUCAUGAAGCCCUGCCCUCUUAGCGGCGGGUAUUUUAAGAUACCUAUACAGGACCACAAUGUAAACUAGUCAUUUGUACUAAUUGUGCUAUCCUGUCUAAAUAAAGAAGUUAUCAUAUUGAUUUAAUCAUUAAGCAAGGAUUUUUGUUGUUAAAGACUGUCAUUUAUGAUAUCAGUAAGUAACAUUUUAUUCAUAAAAGCAACAAUGUGGUUCGGGUUGCAUUUCCCUUUAAAAAAUGGUAGGUGUUAAAGGAAGAAAUAAGAUGCCUACAACUUGUUUACAUUUCUAUUACUUAACUCUUCUUAAAACUACUAAAUGAAGGUUUCUGGAAACAUGUAUUUGAAUUCUUAAAAGUGAAAUUACAGUAUAUGAUAUUGGUCUUGCGGUACAGUAUGUAGAUGUUGGUACAGCACAAUUUAUGCAGUUUUAACGAGGUUCUAAGAACCUGAUGUGAUCAUUUCCAUUAUGUUAGGACUGGAGUUUGUGACACCACAGUUACGCUUGGUGUCCGGUACUAUUAUACUACUAGUAUACUGUGUGGGAGCCUACAUACUUGUGCUGAUGGCCUACUUCAUCAGAGACUGGAGAUGGUUACAGUUAGCAGCUGCUAGUCCGAUGGCAAUACCUCUUAUAUACUGGUGGUCGAAAGUUUUACCAGAAUCGCCAAGAUGGUUGAUAUCUCGGGGAAGGUACCAGGAAGCCAUGGAAAUAUUACAGUACGCAGCGAAGGUGAACGGCAAGACGUUUGACCAUGACGUUGCUUUAUUAAGCGUUCAUGUCGAAAAUAAAAAAGAUGAAGGGAUGUUUCUUAUACUCAAGGAUCUCUUUCAAUCGAGACAACUUGUCAUUCGAUGGUUAAUCAUUGCAGCAAAUUGGUUUGCUGUUUCCUUCAUAUACUAUGGUAUUACGAUGAAUAUAGGACGAUUUAGUGGAAAUUUAUAUUCUAAUUAUGCUAUAUCCGUCACUGCCGAAAUACUCGGAUACUCAAUGUGCUUUUUGCUGGAUAGAACGGGUAGAAAACCGUUGCAUCUUGUCGUCCUCUUUGGAAGUUCAGUGGCUUGUUUCCUGACACUCGUUCCUCUACUUCUGUUGGAUGAAUCGGGUAACUGGCUGUUGAUAGCCUUUGCAAUGAUUGGAAAGUUUGGAGUGUCUGCGGGAUUUGGAGAGAUUUAUAUAUACACCGGGGAAUUGUUUCCAACCGUCAUGCGAAGUCUCGUGUUAGGUCUUUCCGGGGCGGGGUCAAGAAUUGGAGGGAUACUGUCACCAUACAUGUUUUAUCUGGCUGAUGGGACAAUGGGUAAAGUGUUACCGUUCCUGUUUUACGGAGUUGUAACCCUUUGCGUUGCAGUUUUGUCACUGAAGCUACCGGAGACAAGAAUGACCAAACUACCUCAGCAAGUGACAGACAUCAAUACAAAAGAUCCCUCCAUAAUUGAAGAUGCGGAAAAUGUAGAUGAAUUAAAAUGAUUUGCAGGGGAUGGAUUCUGUUACAUGAAGUGUGUUGAAAUCACUCCGCCGUAUCAAGGAGCCGAUUAUAUAAGAAACAUGCAGAAAGAAAAAAUAUAAGUGGCACAAUAAUAACAUUAAAAUCUCUUUAAAAGGAUUGAUUUUUAAGAAAAGGAUGUUUUCUUGACUUUUUCAUUAAAACACUUUACUAUU